CCCCUAAGUAGGCCCUUUGUCCGACACAAAAGCCAAUCUCUUUGGAGAAGAACUGAGCCGCAGCUUCUUGGAUGUUAAUGCAUCUUUCACAAAAUUUCAAAGCCUCCGCGUCUCAUCUUCUACUGUUCUACAUUGAAGAGCUUCACUGUUCCAGGGUCCCUUCAACUUGUUCAAAGUAGGAUUUGAAAUUGAAAGAAAAUUUAAAAUCCCAAUUGAACGAGUCGAAAUCAAUGGGCAUCGCCCUUUCCCACCCAUCCCAUCUAUAUAUACUGAUACGAAGUUUUCUCUUUCCUUCCGGUUAGCAGCCAUGAAGUUCCCAUUUUGCUGCUCGAAAUGCUUUUCCUCCCCAUCUGACGCCGCCGCCGCGGUCGUCGAUGAAAGCACGCACGCAAACCCAGGUGAGCAAACCCCACAGAGUUUUCCGGUAUUCUCUUACAGAGAAUUGAGAAGUGUCACUCAUGGAUUCCAGAACAAGAUCGGAGAGGGGGGCUUUGGUUCAGUGUACAAGGGUCGGCUCCAAGAUGGUACUGUUGUGGCUGUGAAAGUGCUUUCCGUGGACAUUGAAUCCAUGAGGGGGGAAAGGGAAUUCAUAUCUGAAAUAGCUGCACUUUCCGCCAUCAAACAUGAGAAUCUUGUUUCUCUUCGAGGUUGCUGCGUCCAUGGAGCUGAGAGAUUCUUGGUUUAUGAUUACAUGGAGAACAAUAGCCUUGCACGCACCUUACUUGGUAGAGAGCAAAAUAGGAUAAAAUUUGGCUGGGAAUUGCGGUGGGCGAUCUCGUUAGGAGUGGCUCGGGGACUGGCGUAUCUUCAUGAAGAGGUUGCACCCCACAUUGCGCAUAGAGAUAUCAAAGCCAGCAAUAUACUCCUUGAUCAGAAUUUCACACCAAAAGUUUCAGAUUUCGGUCUGUCAAGGUUAUUCACUGAUAAUGCAUCUCAUAUUAGUACUCGUGUUGCCGGGACGUUAGGCUACGUUGCUCCAGAAUAUGCUCAAAGUGGCCAUUUGACACGAAAAUCGGAUGUUUACGGUUUUGGAGUGCUGCUUUUGGAAAUCAUCAGCGGCAGAUCGGUAGUAGUUUUCGACAUGGAACAUGGAGAACAUCACCUGGUUGAGAAGGCAUGGGAAAUGCACAUGGCCAAUGAGCUUCUGCAGUUGGUGGAUCCGACACUGAAGGACUUUCCCCAAGAAGAAGCUGUCCGGUUCCUAAAAGUGGGCUUACUUUGCGUGCAAGAGGCUGCUGGACGCCGGCCCCAAAUGUCUGCAGCCAUCAAGAUGUUGACUAAUGAGAUUGACAUUGAUGAUGCUCAUAUAUCAAAACCUGGAGUUGUUGCCAAUCUCAGGGAUGUUAAAGUGGGGCACAUCCAUUCUUCCCAGAGCAUCAUCUCCAAGGCCACCAGUAGUACCAACUUUUUUUGACACUGCAUAAUGUGCAACGGCAUCCGUCUGCAAAUGGCUGCCGAACUGACCCACACACCAUGUUAAUUCUCAGUUUUUUGAUUGUGUAGAUAGUCAUCACAAAUUGAUUUCAUGAUGCUCAUAAUGUCAGUUCCAGUCAAACUGUUGUUCAAUCUAAUAAAAUGAGAAAAUAAUUUCUUUUA